AUGAACAAUAGACCUGUUGAACAGGCAUUGGCUACUCUGCUGCCCACGCAUGCACAAGAUAUGCCGCAAGAACUCCGAAACCUCGCCUUGUCUUUAGUUGCGCAGUCUCGGAGUUCGUCUUCAAGUUUGAAGCCCGACGAGGAGAUCGCGCGCCCAUUUGCGUGCGCCGAAUUAGCUUGCAAAAGGCUCACACGCACGCUCAAACUUCCCCCAUUACUCGGCCAACCGCCCUGCCCUCCGCGGGUUUAUAAAAAGCUCUACUCCUUCCUUGAACGGACGUUGAGCAUAUCGAGCCCAAAACGCACGGAAAGUAUGUUGGCACACGGUACGCCGUCACGCUCAGGAUCCACACCACCGACACCGACGAAACAAUCAAGGGCUGUGCGGACCCCUUCGAAGGUUUCGGCGACACCGCGAGGUUUAGAGAAUACUCCGAGCAAGCCUACACCUCUGAAAAGAACAUACACAAAUAACGAUGAAUCGCGUACACCACAGCGGCCGAAUAAGAUCCACAGCAAUAACCACUUGACCUCUACGAAAAUCCCGGAUGCACCGGCUUGGGUUAUGGCGUCCAUCCGAAUGGUGUGUAAGACACUAUCGACCCCAGCACCACGGAUGAGCACAUGGUCUAGGCCACCUAUUUCAAGAACGCUUCCACCUCAUAUUUUUGCAGGUGUAUCGUCAAUCCUACACUUGAUUGACUCCGAAAAUGAGUUCGACGAGGAAGCAACCGAGUUCUUGGAACCUGUUAUAUCAACUAAAGAUAAAGAUAAAGACGAGGACUUCAAAGAGCUUAUAAACGCCCUUGUCGUAUCGGUUUACUUCCUUGUUCUCGCACGCCGACGCCAGCCAGGCGAAUCGUCCGCAGACAACGCACAAGAUCAAUCUAGAAAGAUGGAUAAAAAGACUUUCUCCGAGAUGCGCCAGACUGCGCUUGUGAGCCUCGGAUUUCCCUCCACAGAACGCCGACAUCGUGAAGAUGUGGACCAAUGGAUUGCACUAAUCAUGGAACAAAACUGGGCUCAUGGGAAGGAGUGGUUUGAGAACAUCCCGCAAGCCGGGGAAUUAGACGGCGACGACGAAUUUCUUUCCGACGAUGGCGGAUACUACGGCGAGGAGGGUAAUGGAAACCGAAUCACUAAGCGGCCGAAGACUAUACCUGGUGACCGUGGCUUGUUCUCAUCAGCAGGCUCGAGACGCGGACUUCUUCCGGGCUUAGGAACGAUGAUGCAGGACCGCGUAGACUGGUUGAGUCCAGAGCGCCGUGAAGAUUACGCUGAGUGGAAAGCAGGUAUUAUGACUCAUAUUGAGGAAGUAGAAGCGACUGCUUAA